UUCAUAAGCUUGUAUCUGAGUUAUGUCGUCAGUACAACGUUACUAUCCCCUCGGAACUUACUCGUUUGGCACCUCCGGACGAAGACGAUAUGAAGGAUGAGGGACAAGGAAGCGACAUGGAGUCAGAAGAUGAAGGCGAAGAAUUGGUGGAGAUUGCCGAAGUUGAUAUGACUGAGGAAGAGCCACAUGGCAGCACAGAUGACGAUGUUUCACCUGAGGGAAAGGAAAUGCUUGAAAAAAUCACGCGUUCUACU